AUGGAUGCCCAUGAAGUGGGUAGGACAGUUGGGGCAUGCAAUGCAGGCCCCGACCAAACAACUGGCGAAUGUUACCCGUAUCGACAACUCGAGCAUGAAAAUAUCAUCCGUCUUCUCUUCAUUACACCAAGCUCUGGUGAAGAGGUUAGCUCUACCUACUCCCUUUUACAUGCGGAGCUAGGCAACAUCCCCUACCAAGCACUGUCGUAUGAAUGGGGAUUACCUAGUGAUGACGACCCAAAUAUCACCAUUGACGGCCACACGGUCAGGAUCCGCAAAAAUCUUUCCGAGGCACUCAAACAGAUCAGUUCAGUCAUCCGUUACCUCGACUUCCUGCUCCUUUGGAUCGAUGCACUGUGCAUCAACCAAAAUGACGAUGCCGAGAAAAGCCAGCAAGUCCAGAAGAUGGGGAAGAUCUUCUCAAGUGCGGAGCAGGUCCUUGCCUGGACUGGACCGAUGGCAAACGACAGCGACUAUGCGAUGGAUAUCCUCAAUUCCGUGCCUCAGGAUAAAAUACUUUACCCAGAAAUUUUGAAUAACAACCGAGCAAAGACAGCCAUUUUGGCUUGGUGCAAUCGUCCCUACUGGAAAAGGAUAUGGAUCAUCCAGGAACUCUUCCUAGCGAAAAGGCUUGUUUUCAUGUGCGGUUCUAGGUCCAUCUCCAGACGCGGGAAUGCGAUUGCUAAUUGUCUCUGGGUCAUUCUUAAAACAAGUGAGAAAUCUCUACCCGCGGUCGAGCCUGACAAUGCUGAGUUCUGGGACACUGUGCUCUACUGGGGAAAAAAUAAUUCGCACACCCUGCGGAAGUGGCUUUAUGUUUGCGCCACUAGCCAGAUCAUGGCCACCGACGCAAGAGAUUAUAUCUACGCGGUACUCUCGAUAUCGCAUGAAACCCGCAGCUGCCUUGCUCAAAUCAUCCCUGACUAUACCAAAUCAGCCGAAACGGUUUUCGAGGAUUUAAACACCUUGAUGAUGGAUGAGAAGGCUCGAGAAGGAUGUGAAUCGUGUAUUGGCAAGGUGAAGACAUUCGAUCAUAUCGAGAAUAAGAUCGUCAAUGGGUGGUUGAAAAAGACAGUCGGUCUAAACGUGCAAAUUGGGUGGCACGACAGAUCGGAAUACCCCUCUUGCAACUCUUGUGGACGUCCAGAGCGGAUAUACAAUAAGGGGGAACUUUCAGACGUAAAAAUUGGAUCUAAAAGAAGAGGAAUCCGGACUUCCGAGGUCCACAGACUGAAUUUCACCGCUAUGGUAGUUGAAAGCCUGGAGCAGGGG